AUGUCAUUAGAACAACCCUCUACCUUUGGCCUUGCACCACUGAGAUUACCUUUCGAAGAUGAUGGAGGUAAUAUAUGCAAAUUAUGCAAACAAGAAUUUGGUAACCAGACCGCAAUAUCAACCAUUAAUCGGCACUUUCAAAAUUUUCACCUUGCAGAGUUUACUAAAAUCAGUCAACAUAAAUCUCGACGACUUGACCCUUAUGGCCCAAAUAACAAAUAUAAAGUGGACAUUUUAAACAAUAAACUUUUAAAAUGGGUGGUUGUCAAUCAACAAUCAUUUUUAUUAGCAAAAAAUGCAGAAUUUAAUAAUUUUUUAAAGAAACUUGAUCCCUGUUAUAGGCUCCCAUGUCAGCAGACACUCUCGACUUGGGUUGGCCAAGAUUAUAUUAAAAAUAAAAAUAAAAUCAAAUUUUUUUUAAAUACAAUUCAAUCAAAAAUCUCAAUUACAAUAGAUGGGUGGACCUCUUGUACCCAACAACCCUACAUCACUGUAACUGCACAUUGGGUAAAUUCUGAUUGGAAAAUGAAUCGUAUCUUACUCGACCUUAUCCCAUUUAAUGAAAUCCACACUGCAAUCAACCAAUCCGAUACAAUCAUUGAAAUUUUAAAGAAAAUGGAUUUCGGCCAAAAGCUUUUAGGAAUCAUGAUUGACAAUGCUGCCAACAGGAUUGCAAUGGGGCGUAUUCUAAAAGAAAAAAUUAGCAAUGAAUUUGCAAGCAAUCAAACUCUAAAACCAAGCUAUCCCAAUGAUCAAGAAUGGAAUAUUAUUGUUGUUAUUCUUGAACCCAUAUAUCAUGCAACUGUAAUGCUAUCUUCGUCAACACUUCUUACUCAAGGUGACCAUCGUAUAGUAUUUUGUAGCCUAAUUAUGCAUUUAAAUAAUAAUGAAAACCCAAAGGUUAAUACACAGCAUGUCGUAGUCAGUGCAAUGAAAACAAAGUUUGCAUCAUAUUGUGUUCACUUGAAUAAGUCGUCAACAAUUUUGGGCCUUCUUGAUCCGCAUAAUAAGCUCUCAACCUAUGUAGUAAAUGAACGUGAACAAGCUAUUAAUAUGCUCUACAAAGUGUAUGAAAAUUAUAAACCAGCUGAAGAAAAUAAAUUACCAUCACAACUUGCUACUAAAUCAAUGCGUGAAAUUUUAAGUGAAGGGGUAAGUGAAGCAGGUGAAGAG